AUGAAGAAAAUAGUAAGGAAUGCUGAUCUACUUAAUCAGAUCAGUGAUACCAAAAUCUUGAAUUAAACCUAGAAUCAUAAGAGAGCUUGCAAGAGUCAAGAGAAGUUUCAUAGAAACAGCCCAAUAAAAUAGCUCAUAUUGCAGUCUUAAUAUCCUUCCUAAUUAGAAGCGCCUCAAAUCGAAAUUGGUUCUAACAAGUUAAUUUGCACUAGCAGUAAUGGCAGAGUUGGUGAAGUGGUGACCGAUUUUGACAAGUAGAACAUAGAAAUCAAAGAGCCAAAUUCUACUAAAAAUAGGUAGCAGCUGAGCUUUAUAUAGAUUUAUAACUAGUACAAUACACCGUAAAAUAAUUAGAAAUAAGCUCUGGCUAGUAAAUAUCAAUAGAAGAUAAACAGGUACAGAGCUGCUAGUUAAAAAGACGUGCGUAAUGUACACGAGGCCAGAUUAAAUAUCACCCAAAGACUCCUUCCACAUAAAGAAUAAGAUAUGUUUAGACCCAACUACUUCAAGAAAUUAGAGGCCUGGGGUAGCCCCUAAAUUUCUAGGUAUGGUAUUUAACUUUCAAGAAGCAGUUAGUAAUAAUUUAUGAUCUACAAUGGCUUAAACUCCUUCAAGCCACUCAAAAUUUAAGAAUACUCAAGUGCUUUCAAAUCCAAACUAGUCGUUCAAACUACCAAGUGCACUUAGCCAAAAAUAGUCUGGAAACUAUCUUAGAAUUCUCAAUUAACAAUCUCAUCGAAUCAAGGAUCAUUAGCUUAAAUCAUCACCCAGUAUCCGAGACUUCAAAAGCUAAACGAAUCUGAGAGUUUUAUUAUUCCAUAACAGCAGCUUAAAAAUCUUUCUUAGAGCAAUAAAGCAAAGAAGCGUAACCCUGUCUUAGAUAUAUAUAAGAUAGAUAAAUAAUCACCUAGGAUGAUCAUUAACAACUAGAUCCUUGGGUAAUCUUAAAAUAUGACACCAAUAGAAUAUCAGAAUAGGCUUUAAUAGUAAUUCUAAAACUAGCAGCAACUACACACAUCACUACUAUCUAAAACCAACUACGCGUUGCCUACAACGUAACCUUUUUAUUUAAGUCCUCGUAGACAGCAAACCACUUCUGAGAAUAUGGAUACUUAGAAUAGCUAGGAUAACCUCUCAAUCGUAGAGUAAAUUCGAAAUGAGAUUGUGUCUGCUGGAGCUGAUACAGGAAGACUAGAUCAACAGAUCCAAAAAUAGAUUAAUUAGCUGAAGAAACUAAGGAAGUUGACUUAACAGAUUAAUAAUAAUAACAUUCAAACUAGCAUCUAGUUAUAGUAUCAUACUGGAGGAACUGGCACAGGAGAUAACACAGAGUAGAGUAUAUGCUCCAAUACUGAAAAGAGACUGAAUUAUAGACAAUCUUCUAAUAUAAACUCUAAUGAGACCCUAGAAAAUAAUCUUGAUGGUCGCAAACAGCUUAAGUCCCAAUUGAGAGUCAGAAGGACAUCUAACACCUUAACUUAGGAGACUCCAUAUGAGAUUAAUGUUUAAAACUAUGAGAACUCCCAGAUCAUUUCAUAAGAAGUAUGUUUAGAGCAAACAUAUAACUAGGAUAAUGAAACCCCUCACGAGGCAAACGUUGAGAAUAGUCAGUUAAAUGAAGAUAUUCAAUCAAUAAUAGAUGUUGAUGUAGUUAGACAAGAAAGUAAUGGCUUACAAAGUCUCAAUAUCUAGAUCAACAAAUCAAAAUCAAUGAAGGAUGGCUCGCCCUUAAAAGGGCUUUUGAUAACCGAAAAGGAUCACAGAAUUAUUGAGAAAUUUAGACGCAAGAGAGAUAGUAUCAAGCAAUCUUCUGAAUUCUUUUCAUAAAUUGGAGGUUCAACCCUUUCAGACAUCAUUAAGCAAAAGAGAUUUAGUGAACAGCAUGACAUAGAAACAAUAAACGAGGGUACAGUUGAGGAGGAUAUACCCUUUUAGUAGAAUCAAUCUCUACAUCUUUCUCAUAGAUAGGCUAUUGCUGAAAAGGCAAACCAAGAUCAACAAAAUAUUCAAUAGUAAUUCUAGGAUUUAGUCACGUUUGAAUUUAAGAGUGACAACAACAUGUUUCAACAAACAGAUAAGGACAAGAGGCAGAGCAUUAAAGAGCUGUCUCGGAUAUACCUAGUCAAGAAUAUCAAGAAACAGCUGAAAUAAAACAUUAAUGAGACUGAUUUAAGUAAGAAGGUGAAGAGUGAGCUGUGCUUCUAUAAGUUGGGUAAGAUCAUUAGGAAGGAAAAUAGCAACUUGGUUAGGAUAAGAAAAGGCUGGAGUAUACUAGGCAACAAAGAAGUGUCUCUGAUGACAAUGAGGACUGUCGAUAGUUACAAGGAAACAUUCAAAAGAGAUGUAGAGAUUCGCAAAUAUCUCAAAUCUAGAUUUAUACAAAAAAUUUAUGAAGAGUUUGAAUCAAGAAAGGACCAGAUAAUGAUAUAUGUGGAGGACCCAAUAUCUUCACAUGAUCUCAAGGAAGUUAUUGACUAUCAUCAAAAGCUAAAAGAAUAUCAAGCUUAAUUCUUCUUCAAGCAGAUAGCAUUUUGCUUGUUGCAAUUGAAAAUAAAGAAGAUAGCCCAUAGAAACAUAAAUCUGGAGAGCUUUGUGUUUUCCACUCACAAGAGCAUGAUACUCCAGCUUAGGAAUUUUGGCCGUUACUACCUGUAUAAAUCAGCAAAGCAAGACUAUUUAAACACGCUGAAAUAUCAAAAUCAGUAAGAAGCAACUGAGUUCACGGCUCCAGAGAUCUUGUUGAAAUCUCCCUCUUAGAGUUUUUACUAGCACGACAUUUGGUCUGUAGGAGUUCUACUCUACUAUAUGCUACAUGGUGCCUACCCAUACCCUAAGAAUACUUACUAAGACAUUAUAAAGUACUUGAAUGAUAAAAACUACGAUCUUAGGAUAGACCCAGAAUUAUCAGAUGAAUGCAAAGACAUUCUCAAGCAGCUGUUAACUAUCAAUACUUACUAAAGAAUAACUAUUGAAGAGAUUAUCAAUCAUCCUUGGGUACUCAGAUAGGUAGUUAAGAUUGAUAUUAACCUUAAUAAUUUGGGUGAAGACCAGAGAUUCAACAGUAAUAAGUCAAAGUUCGAAAGUCUUUACUCUAAUGAAGAUGGAGAUGAUGAUGGUGAUUACUUCAGUGAGAAUGAGCACUCUAUAAAUUCAAAUGGUACGAUAUAUUUUGAUGAGAACUAUGAUAAAUAUGAGUUCUACGAAGAUGAUUUGAUCAACCACUGUAGAUCACAAAUACUAUCACCCAACAACAGUAUAAUUCAAGAUAAAGAUUUGCCAGUAGACUAAUAUGAUCACAAAUUCUUAAGUGAUAAUGACGGGGAUAAGUACUUUUCUGGUAAGGCAAGCUUUCUAUAAAAUGCAAUCGGCUUCAAUCACUAAGUAGUAGAAAAAUUUGAUAAGUUUUAUAUGAAAAAGUAAAGGCAACUGCAUGUAAAGCUUGAAAAUUAGAGAAAGUUUAGAUAGAUGACUUAGAACGAUAUAUUUCUGAGAAUCUCUAGGCAUCUGACAUACAGGUCAGAAGAUUAAAAGGCAAGAGAUAAGGAAAUUGAAGAUGAUCUGUUGGAAAGUAUAUUUCAGAUAGAGCUAGAUGAUAAUAUGGAUGAGGAAUAGAGAAGACAGAGAGAUAUAAUUGAUGAGAAUAUUUUGUAAAAACUUGAAUAACAAGGGAUACCAAGGCAGUUCAUAAUGGAUUGCUUAAAAUAAGACAUAAAAAACUACAUCACUGCUAGCUAUUAUUUAAUGCUUAAGGCUAGUAAGGAGUUGUGA